AUGACAACAAGAGAUGCUGUUGCAGCACCUGCAAUUGAAAUUGCCUUGAAAACCAUUUUGGGAAAGGAAUACUUCCAACAUGUGGAAGCAUCUGGAGAAGGAAAUGAUAGUGAAAUCGAUGAGUUUAUGCUGGAAACAAGGCAAAGUGCCUUUCAUUGGAUUGUCAACCAGGAUCCAAUGCAGCUAGAGUUUGACGCCCCUAAUUUGGUGCAGAGGUUUCUUUUAGUUCUCUUCUAUUACCAAACAACAAGGCAUCAACAAUGGAAGGAGUGCAAUCCACCAGCAACUCCCCAAGGAAGCGCAUCAAUUAAGUUCUGCUAUAAACCAGACAUUGUAACUGGUGAAGCAACAUCAACCAUUUGGGGUGAUCAGUGGCUCUCUGCCAGUCAUGAAUGCCAGUGGGCUGGAGUGACCUGUGAGACUGUAUUGUCAAAAGAGAAGACACUUGUUCGGCUACAAAUGCUGCGGAAUCAGCUGAAUGGUCCUCUCCCAUGGGAGAUCACUCAGUUGCCACACCUGAAACGUCUAGUUUUGCAUGGCAACAUGCUGAGCGGAAUGCUUCCACCAAAGCUGCUCUCUUUUUCAUUGGAGUUGCUCCACUUGGGCAAUAACCAACUCUCAGGACCCAUCCCUGCUGGAUGGUUUGAAAUUCUCCAUGAUGGAGCUACAAUCCCCUCUGAAGUGGGGGUGCCCCCCUUGAAGAGCUUUCGUCUCGACAACAAUUCACUGACAGGGUCUCUGCCACUGGACUUGUUCCACUUGGCCGAAACCACGAAGAACCUGAACAUUGGCCUUAUUCUUCAACCCUUCCUUCUCCUAAAGCUUACGGGCACCCUGCCAAGUGAAAUUGGAUUGCUAACGCACUUGCAACUUAUCUUGUUGAGUCACACUAGCAUUGCGGGAACCAUACCCUCCGAGAUUGGUCUGGCAACCCAAUUGACUGAAUUUCGUGCUGCCUACUCCAAUAUGGAAGGGACACUCCCUAAAGAAUUGUAUGCUAAACUCACAGACCUUGUUGCUUUUGUGGUCAAUGAUUGCAACUUUUCUGGGACUAUCAGCCCAUUGCUUGGUCGUUUGACGGGCCUACAAUGGCUGAGCCUAUCCAAUAACAACUUUGAUGGCACGAUUCCCAAUGAGAUUGAGUCACUCACUGACAUGCGUCGAUUGGAGGUGAAUGGGAAUCAGUUCACUGGCACUGUGCCAGUGUCUGUCUGCGAAAAUCUUGAUGUUACUUUUGAAGUUGUGGUUGUGGCUGACUGCUUGCCAAACCCCAGAACUGGAGUUCCCACAGUCGAAUGUGGUGACGAUUGCUGCACCAGUUGUUGUCACAACACAGGGGUUUGCCUUGCCAAUUGA